AUGGUCAACAACAUUCUCAUCGUAGGUGCAACUCGGGGACUGGGAGCCUCCCUGGCUACCUUUUACGCCAGGGACCCAGCCAACCAGGUGUUCGGCACAGCAAGAUCCCCAGAAUCACCAUCAACACCAAACAUCACCUGGUUGCCAGGCAUUGAUGUUUCCGAGUCGGAUGUAGGCCAGAAACUGGUCUCCCAGAUUCCCGCCUCCACCCACCUAUCCUCAGUGAUCCUCACAGCAGGGUACUUUGGCUCCGAGUCCUUCGACUCCCCCGACUGGGAGAAAGAAGUCAAAAUGUACACCACCUCAGCAAUCAGCCCUGUCUUUGUGGUCCAUCAUCUGGUCAAGGCGGGUCUUUUAAGAAAGGGAAGCAAAGUGAUGAUCGUGAGCAGCGAGAGCGGCAGUAUCACUCUUCGACACGAAAAGGAAGGAGGAGGCAACUACGGCCAUCAUGCUAGUAAAGCCGCGUCCAAUAUGGUUGGAAAGCUGUUAAGCUUGGAUCUCAAGCCUCAGGGUAUCGCAGUCGGACUCGUUCAUCCGGGGUUCAUGCGAACGGAGAUGACCAAGAGUGUUGGCUUUGACAAAUUUUGGGAUGACGGUGGAGCCGUGACACCCGACGAGGCGGCUCAGUCGUUGGCUUCGUUCAUAGAAACCUUUGAUAUCAGCAAAACGGGCGAGUACUGGGCUCCCCGUGGACCGCGUGAUAUUGGUACUGCGGAGGCUGUUCUUGGGGAGAACCUGCCCACUCCUCUACAGCUGCCCUGGUAA